UCCCUUACAUUGGGGGUCAGUGGGAAGAAUGUCCCUUACAUUGGGGGUCAGUGGGAAGAAUGUCCCUUACAUUGGGGGUCGGUGGGAAGAAUGUCCCUUACAUUGGGGUGUCAGUGGGAAGAAUGUCCCUUACAUUGGUGGUCAGUGGGAAGAAUGUCCCUUACAUUGGGGGUCAGUGGGAAGAAUGUCCCUUACAUUGGGGGUCAGUGGGAAGAAUGUCCCUUACAUUGGUGGUCAGUGGGAAGAACGUCCCUUACAUUGGUGGUCAGUGGGAAGAAUGUCCCUUACAUUGGGGGUCAGUGGGAAGAAUGUCCCUUACAUUGGUGGUCAGUGGGAAAAAUGUCCCUUACAUUGGGGGUCAGUGGGAAGAAUGUCCCUUACAUUGGGGGUCAGUGGGAAGAACGUCCCUUACAUUGGGGGUCAGUGGGAAGAAUGUCCCUUACAUUGGUGGUCAGUGGGAAGAAUGUCCCUUACAUUGGUGAUCAGUGUGAAGAAUGUCCCUUACAUUGGUGGUCAGUGGGAAGAAUGUCCCUUACAUUGGUGGUCAGGUGGGAAGAAUGUCCCUUACAUUGGGGGUCAGUGGGAAGAAUGUCCCUUA